ACGCCAGAAAGAAACGUGGAAGCCAUGUGGACCCAAAACUGAGAAGAAAACGACAAUGAACGUGACGCAUUUUCUUUAUCCCCAAAAAUUUCCAGAAAAUGAUCAAACCUCUCCGGAUGAGUCUGCCAAUUUCCCAUCGAUGUGUGUGGUUUCAUCGGGUUUCACGACUACCCAGUAAUAUUUCCUUUAACCCCAGCCAUUUUGGAGACAUUCCCAUGUCAUAACUCUAAAACAUCCCCUUAAACCCAUCACCUAUUGGUCCCUUUUUAUCCCUUUUGCUGCUGCAGCUUCUUCUUGUUCUUCAAUGGCUUCCAUAUCUAGAUUUGUGCUCGAAGAUUGCAAGUUACAGACACGUGAAGCUUUCUACCGGCCAAGUUCUUACUUCCAGUCCAGAAGGCUAAGAACUCGUCUGGACCUUAGAGUUGGGAUCUCUGUGCCUGAGAAUGGAACAAUUUCUGCAAUUCAGUGCAAACCAUCCAGUCCAGUUAUUGCCGUUGCAGCUUCUUCCUGUUUCAGACAAACUUUAAGUAACAAUUUGACGGCUUCAUAUAGGAACUGCCAAGUUUUGUGCAAGGCUGCCACAAAUGUGUCUGGAGAUGUUCCUGAUAUUACACCUAGUGGGAUGACCCAAUACGAAAGGAUAAUUGAAACUCUUACUACUCUUUUCCCUGUGUGGGUGAUAUUGGGCACCAUUGUUGGCAUCUGCAAGCCAUCUGCGGUUACAUGGCUGGAGACAGACCUCUUCACUCUUGGCCUGGGUUUUCUCAUGCUUUCAAUGGGGUUGACUUUGACAUUUGAAGAUUUUAGGCGAUGUUUAAGAAAUCCAUGGACAGUGGGUGUAGGAUUUCUGGCUCAGUACUUAAUCAAACCAAUGUUAGGCUUUCUUAUUGCUAUGGGUCUAAAACUGUCAGCACCUCUUGCAACUGGUCUUAUUUUGGUCUCAUGUUGCCCUGGAGGCCAGGCAUCAAAUGUUGCUACCUAUAUAUCUAAAGGAAAUGUAGCACUUUCAGUUCUCAUGACAACGUGUUCAACUGUUGGAGCUAUCAUCAUGACACCACUCCUAACAAAGCUUCUUGCUGGUCAGCUUGUUCCUGUUGAUGCUGCGAGCCUGGCUAUUAGCACAUUUCAGGUUGUGUUAGUGCCAACUGUUGUUGGAGUGCUAUCAAAUGAAUUUUUCCCUAAAUUCACUUCAAAAAUAAUCACAAUAACGCCUUUGAUUGGAGUUAUUCUCACAACCCUACUCUGUGCAAGCCCUAUUGGACAAGUGUCAGAUGUGUUGAAAGCCCAAGGAGCUCAGUUGAUAAUCCCAGUGGCUCUCCUGCAUGCUGCUGCAUUUGCUCUUGGUUAUUGGUUGUCAAAAAUAUCAUUUGGUGAAUCCACAUCACGUACUAUAUCCAUAGAAUGCGGGAUGCAGAGCUCUGCACUUGGAUUUUUGCUUGCAAAGAAACAUUUCACAAACCCUCUAGUGGCUGUACCUUCAGCUGUUAGCGUUGUUUGCAUGGCGCUUGGUGGAAGUGCUCUUGCAGUGUUUUGGAGGAAUAGGCCAAUUCCUGUAGAUGACAAAGAUGACUUCAAGGAAUAAUAAUGGAUGGGAACCCCUCCAUUACAAUUCACCUGUUUAGAUUGCUGUCUUCAAAAUUUUGAUUUUAUGGGUGAAGUAAAAGUUUUUUAUUUCAGGUUGGGUCAUAAGCAUUAUAACUGAGAAUGUGAAUGUAAAUUGAAUUUUUCUUGUUUUACAAUGAGAAAUCAGAGAAAGUUAACUUUCUCUAAA